ACUCGGUACAAAAUCGUAAACUAUCUCUUAUCAUUAUUAUUUGAAAUCCAAUUUAAGUAAUUGGCGACCAUAAACUGGGUACUAAGGGCUAUUAUAGAAAAAAUUCUUGGGUUGUUGCUGAGAAAAUAUGAUUCGUUUCGAAUUCCGCUUAGCCGCCCCAUAUUGCGCUUUGGGGGACCCCCAAAAGCCUCUAACUAAACUAACUAAAUAUUGCUGCUGUAGUUCCCCGAAUCAGACACUAACGAAAUAAGGUUUGAAAUUGGUUAUCAAUUCCAUAAUUCAAAUGAAGCUGAUAAGGUAGAUUUGGAAUACUAUUUAAAGAAAGAUACUUUUCAAUGGUUUUUUUGACAUCGAAACUUUUUCAACUUCAGAAGUUAUGAUGGACUCCGACAAAGCUUCAGCUUCAGUUGAUUUACAUACGAUUUCAAGUAAGCUUACUCAUGGUACUGAGAAAGGAAAGCAUUCAAAAUUCUCUAUUAAAGAAUUAAUUGAAGAACAAGAUGAAAAUGAAAUAGUUGGUUUUGAAUUAUAUGAGAGAGCUCAAGAUAUCUCUGCAGAAGAAGAAGAAAUGAUUAGAAAGAAAGUCUUGCGGAAAGUAGAUAUGAGAAUUGUCCCAUUGUUAUGUGUUACUUACACUCUUCAAUUUUUAGAUAAGCUUUCACUUAAUUAUGCCUCAGCAUACUCCAUGAAUGCAGAUUUAGAUUUAGUUGGACAAAGGUAUUCUUGGGUAGCUGCGAUAUUCAAUUUUGGAUAUCUUUUCUGGGCAUUUCCAGGUAAUUACAUCAUUCAAAGAGUACCUGUGGCAAAAUACACUGGUUUAUUGAUCUUCUCUUGGUCUAUUAUUCUUAUUGGUCAUAUUGGAUUAAAGAAUUAUGGUGGUGCUUUAGUUAUUAGAUUCAUUCUUGGAAUGUUUGAGGCGCUGAUUAGCCCUUCUUGUAUGCUUAUUUGUGGUUCAUUUUAUACUGUAAAGAAUCAGCCAAUUAGAAUGUGUAUUUUCCUUUCAUUCAAUGGAGUUGCAACAAUGCUUGGAGCACUUUUAGGAUUUGGAUUAGGUCAUGCAGAACUGUCAAGUUUGAAACCAUGGAAACUUAUUUUCUUAGUUAUUGGAUUGCUUAAUUUUAUUUGGUCAUUUAUUUUUAUUUGGUUAUGUCCUGAUUCACCCGAUAAAGCCAAAUUCUUAACUGAAGAGGAAAGGGCAGGGUUGGUAAAAGAAGUUGCAACCAAUAAUCAAGGUAUCAAAGAUUCACAUUUUAAAAGAUAUCAAGUACUUGAAGCCUUCUCCGAUUUAGGUGUAUGGAUGAUAGGUUUGGUUGGUCUUGCUAGUGGGGUAAUUAAUGGAGGAGUGUCAAAUUUUUCAUCUUCACUUAUUAAAGGAUAUGGGUUUAGUGGAUUGAAUGCCACAGCAUUGCAGCUUCCAACCGGUGCAAUCGAGCUUGUUGUUGUUGCUGUUUCAGGGUUUAUUAUAUUCAAUGUUAAGAACUCUCGUUGUAUCGUUUUAUUUUGUAUUUGUAUAAUACCACUAGCAGGUCUAAUUGGUAUUCAUGUUAUAGAUUUACAUCACAAAUGGGCAUUAGUGGGAUGUACAUUCUUACAAUUUAUUGUUGGAGGUCCAGUUAUUUUAAGUUGGAUCUUAUUGAAUGCAAACGUAUCAGGGUUUUCGAAGAAAACGAUAUCAAAUGGUAUUUGGUUUGCACUUUACGCUUCUGGGAAUAUAGUAGGAGCCAAUAUUUUCUUUGCUAAACAGGCUCCAAAAUACAAUAGUGGUAUGAUUGGGUUGAUUGUUUGUUAUGUUGGUAUAAUGUCCAUUGCCAUAGGUUAUAGACUUCUUAUGAUGUACAGAAAUAAAAAGAAAAAUGAAUUACAAGGAGGUUAUGAUUCUGAAAAAGAGGAACAAGCCAUUCUUGAUGGGUUCAAAGGAAUGACAGAUUUUGAAAACCCUGGAUUUAGAUAUUGUUUAUAGAUUUAGUCACUGUAUAUAUUUCAAAUUGAAUGAAUAAGAAUUUCUUU